AUGCUACACAAGGGAACUCCAGUAUUGGACGAGUCAAUGUAUCACAAUUAUCUUGGCCGCAUUGUCGGUGCUGUGCAACGAAUCUGUGAUUACAUGCAGGAGCCAGAUUUGAAGAAAUCUCUUCUUAAGGAAAUUAAUAAGUACGAAAGCCUUCGACAUAUAUACACAAACGGUCUUAUUUCUGAGUUGGGUUGCAAAACCGUUGAGAUAAUUAAUGAAGCUGACGCAGCGGUUGAAAGUGGGCUGCAACAAAUGAAAACGAUCCUCCAGAAAAAGGGGUUGUCAGUGAAUAUUCCAGUUCUUGAUGUCAUUGUCAUGUUUCGGAACUAUAAUAAAGAAGACGAACAAGCCAUUACGGACCGUCUACUUGAAACCUUUACAGAGGCAUUAAAGCAAGGUAAAGAAAUGGCAGAUGACCAGACUGCAGACAAGCUAUAUGUUGAAGUCAAGUCCCUUGUUCGGAAGUUAUUUGACGAGAAAAAAGAGAUAACGAAGGUCAGCAGAGGAUGUAUCAUACUAUCAAUCCAGUGUCAUGAUUUAGAUGCGGUUAUUUCACUAGUCCAAGAUAGCCUUUCGGGGAAGCUUGGGAGUUUAUUUGAACCUCUUGAAGAAGUCAUCCGGACCGAUGCAGUCCAUGCGCUCUUUGAAGUAUGUGUUGGCAUUACGGGACAAAGUUGCUGGGCUCUCCUUAACGAAAUGUUUUGUGAAGUGUCCGACGAAUGUGAAAAACGUUUGUUCACUGUGGAAAGCACUGUACAAGAUGAUGGCAUUGGCGUUCGAAUUCAACGUUUUCUACAAAGUGUCACAGAUAAAGAAAACUUAGAGAAGUCGUUUUUCUCAAAGGAAAAAAAAGAAAUAUUCAUGAAAAUUCAGGAAGAUUUGACGAUAGAUCUUGAUCAGCCUGGUAUGAAAAUGGUUUUAUCGUAUCCGAAGAACAAUGAAGGAGCUGAAACAGAAGAACCCAAUGUUCUUCUAGCUAAAGAAAAUGAAGAUGGUAAUGGAGAAUAUAAACGUCAAAAUGCUGAUACAGAAAUGUCAAGUAUGAGUUCGAAGGCAUUUGCCAGCUCUUCUGGAAAACCACAGUCGGAUACCUCAAAAACAGAGUUGGAUCGAUUUGGCAUGGAAUUUACAGACAUUCUUCAGCCGCAAAAAAGGGAGAUGGAUGUGUCCCCCUCAAUGAACGAUCAGACUACAUGUUUCAAAGCCACACAAUCAAGAACUAUAAAUCAAAGUCAGACAAACGAUGCUUUAAUUGCACAAGAUUUAAGAAGCAAAACCACCAACGAGCAAGAGUGCAAAAAGGACAAGGUAUCUGUCUUUAGCGAAUUGCUGCAAACUGUGGAUGAUAUAAAAUCUCCCAACGAAGAAGAUGAUGAAGAAAUCAAAUGGUCGAUAGCAAAAUAUGUUGAUGACCGAAUAUCGCCUUUCUACAAACUUCCAUCUUGCACUCGACUUGCAAAGGACGAAAAACAUACGACUGCAAACACCAAGACGCAGGCGGAUGCAUUGAAAGAAAGCGUUCAUGACACUAAAGAAUAUGAAGAGAAAUACACCCGAGACAGAUCCUUCCGGGAAACGGUAUUCAGCGAGGAAAUGUUUGAGAUAAAUAUUGAAUCAGACCAAGACGAUAUUGGAAGGAACGUUGAUGACGAGGUUAUACAUCUACGAGGCUACCAAGAGGAAUUAGCGCAGAAGGGUUGUCAGGGAGAAAACGUUAUAGUGAUGGCUCCAGCAAAAUCUGGCAAAACAAGAGUAGCUUGCAGAAUUAUGCAGGUUCAUCUCAGGCAGAAAAAAGCAGAGAGAAAAAGGGGUCGUAUUUUAUUUCUUGUGGAAAACGAAGCGCUAGCCAUUCAGCAAGGAGAGGUGUGUGCAGAACUACUUCCUAGUUACAGGACAAAGGUGUUUAGCGGAAAUGUCCACAGGUUGAAAAAGCAAAUGCUAUGGGAUUUCAUUGAAAGGCAAGUAUUUAUCACAUGA